UAACAUUUGUUGACUGUUGCAGUACACAUAAAAAUGCCUUAGUGAGCCGCUUUCGCUAAGCGCAAAGCCGCAAACACUGUUUCUUAACUCGAAGACUACAUAGUUCCUCAGCAGAACAGGAUAUUAGGAUAUGGAUGCUUUACAGUGGUUAAUUGUUCUGGGAUUAGCGAGCCUAGCCGUUUGCGAUAAAAAGAAUUCGGCGGGCAGCUCUGCAGUCAUUGGGAAUACUUCCACUCAAACCAAGGGAGCUGCCAUAUACGUCAGCGACUUCGCCGUUGACUGCGGCAAGCAGAACAUCGCGUACAUUGCUACCACGGGCACCGCGGACUGCGCCGAAAAAUGCCGUAAAAGCAAGGACUGCCGUUACGCCGCUUAUGUAGCCGACCGAGCAGCCGAAGACUCGAAAUGUAACGUAAAUGGGCCGUCAGUUGAGCUAUUUCCAGGAUUUUCCCAGGAAUCUCUUAAAGCUGUCCACUACAACGUAACCGAGGAAGUUUGCUAUCAGCAGUUGAAAGGGAAGGAUUACUACGAAGCUCUGGAAGCCCGAGCGGCCAAAUGCGGUCUCGUAUCGUCCAACUAUGAUUGCAAAUUCACCUACCUGAGCCGCCAUGGUAACGACGCCAUCGUGGGUUUUGUUUACAAAAGUUUUACCGCGCGCACCAACGUGGAAGUUACCGGGGAAAUGCUGAAGACAGUAUCCGGUGAACCGGUGUUGAAGACCGGGGUUUCGCUUGAUUUAUGCUGGACGCUUUGCAAUCUCCAUCCGUCGUGCACCGUUGCUGAGUAUUUUAGAGGAUAUACGGAAUAUCACUUGAGCCAUUCUUGGAGAGAUUCUUGUAAUCUGUAUGCUAAAGCUGCACCAGCGAAGGCAUUGAACCAGACAGCCCACAGUGUACAGAACCAACCAGCUAAUAGCGUUGUGUUUUUUGCUGUUUGAGCGUUCGGCAACACCGUUUAUUAGCGCAUUACUGUGUCCACAAAGAAUUUAUGUAUUGCAUGGUAAUUAAUUAUAGUGC